CUGUUUCUGUGUUCAGCCUAAUAUGGUUCUGAGGCAGCUGUCAAUCGUUGUCCCUGAUUGAGAAUCAUAUAUAGGUGGCUUGUUUUGUGUUGGGGAUUUGUGGGUGGUUGUCUCCUGUGUCAUUGUUUGUGCCACACGGGACUGUGACGGUUAGUACGUUUGUUGUUUUGUAUUCUUGUCUAGUUUUCAUGUCAUUAAAUUAUGGAAACUUACCACGCUGCACAUUGGUCCUCCGAUCCUUCUCGCCUCUCCUCGUCUGAUGAGGAGGACGACUUAGACUGCCGUUACAAUGUGUCCAUCUGAAGCAUCUAUCUCCUGCAGUAUCUUAUUAUGGAGAUUGUUUUAGGCCUAGGCAAUCAGACAGAAUCAGAAUCAUGUUUAUUGUCCUACAAGAGGAAAAUCUUGGCAUAGAUCACAAAUAACACACACAAAGCAUAUAGAAAACACAGCAGGAAACAACCCAUAGCAGGAAGCUGCAUGGAAUUGCUAAGGAAGCAAACUUAACUACCACAAGAGAAACUGAAGGAUAAUUGUUGGGUAAUGGUGGUAUAGGCCUAGAUAUAAUCAUCACAGAAAAAGUGAUACAUGGAGGAUACAUGUUAUAGUGUCUGGGGGCUCAGUGUCAUGGAUAGUGUCGUGUCUUUGGCAUCAUUAAACUGAAGAUUAAUCUUUAUCAAAAAUUCUCUGUAAUUAUUAUUACGUGAUUAAACUACUUAAUCAUGUAACUGUAAUUAACUAGGAAGUCGGGGCACCAAGGAAAAUAUUCAGAUUAGAAAGUUAUAAUUUUCCUAAUAUAACUUUCAGAUAUUUUAAUAUCGGAUCACUUAGUCUUCUGAUUAACGAAUUAUUAUUUACCUCAUUCCAAACGUCGUAAAUGGUUGGUUAUCUGCACGAACCCAGUCUUCACUAUGAGUCAUCCAUACAUCAAUUGUCUUAAAAUCAUUUAUUUACUACCUAAGUACUCACAGAUGUUUCGGCGGUUGUCAGUCUUCGCGUUCAAUGAUACCGAAUUCCUAGCUGCAGACUAGUAAUUAAUAUCAAAGACUUGUUCUUAUUCUGUCGGUAUCGAUAGUCUAAGAGUUUAACCACGUGGGAUGGUUAAAAGAUUCAUCUACUCAAGCCUUAUUUCCCUCUGUGAUAGAGGUACUGGUCUCGUCUCAACCCUUAGCCCUCUCUUAAUUGUGGUAAGCUCGGUCUGGUGAUAGAAAACCCAGGUGGGGUUUUUAUUCGGAACAUAGAAAAGGGCUGUUUCAUGACGCCGGGUCCUGUCUUUGCCCCUGGGGGAGUGCUAAUGACUUAGUGAAACUUUAAACAGAAAUACAAUUCUCUCACAUUAACAUCAUUACAUAGCAUCACAUAAUUUCACAAAUAGUUUAAUCUUUACUCAUUCAUUUUAUACAACAAUUAGAUGUAAGCUGAGGCUGAGGCUAUUGUAUAAACAGGAUUAUGGUAAUGUGGCCGUAUUGUCUCUCACGAGUUUCACAAAAUUGUACCAAACGGACCAGUUCGUAGCUGGAUUCUUCACCGAUCUUUUAUACAUUCUCCAGAACAUAAAUAUUGUUCGGACCUCCAGUUCUGUGAGGUGGAAGAAAUUAAUUUGUUCUCUCUAUGAAAACGCACUCUCUCUAUACUCUGGCCAUGAGGAGAGGAUCUCCUCUAGGAGUUUACGAUGGUGCAGAGGUAGGGGGAUGGUGCUCGCUGUGUCCCAAGAGGGCAACGUCAUGACAAUAGCCUAAUAGAGGUAUUAGUGACUGGGGGUGUACAUGGGUGCAGUGAUAGCGAUGUGUGAAAACAUUGGGAUGAACAGUGGCAUUGUCAUUGAGGGUAAAUACUGUAUUAGGGUUAAUAGGGUUGAGCUAUUGAAAUUACAGAAGCACCAAUAUGUUACUCUGUCGUUUAGUUCUUAUUAAGGCCCUUCCCUUCUGUUAGAUCAUGCAUUAGCGCACAGUGAUCUACAGACCUCCAUUAACGUCAUAUCAGCAAUAAUCACUGUUCGUUUUAGAGCCAAUUUAUGCUUGAUCUGAAAAUGUGGUUGGAGGUGCUGCAUGGAUGGUGUGACGCAAUUACUGAGCCUCCAGAGGCAUGCGGAGGCCAAAUUGAGCUCCUUACUGCAUCGUCGUGUGCCGCCCAAAUUUUGUAACAAUGCGGAGGGCUCCGUAUAGCUUCGCAUUGAUAUGAUUGGUUGAUGGUAGGUCAGGGCGGGAGGUCCUGUACUCACUUCCUUGACAACAGCCCUGCUGCGCAAAGCACAAUAAGUAUGCAUGCCCUGACUACUGCAGAGGCCGUAUCACCGUAAACGCUGCAAAGCCUAUGCAGAAGUCAGAACCAUGCAGCGCCUUUAAGCUCCCAGAUCUCCAAUCCACUUCCACGGUCCAGAUACCAUCUGUCAGGACGGGCUAAUCUGAAAGGGGACUCUAUAAAACCACACCACUUCGAUACAGCUACAACCGGAAGUUACUUUUCGUAGCAGGUUGGGAGAUCAUUUUCACUAACCCUUUCCCUAACCUUAACCUAAUUCCCCUUACCUGCUACGUUAAUUAUCCUAACCUUCUGUGUAACUUCUCCUAACCUGCUAGGAAAAAGUCACUGUAUCAAAGUGGCAUGUUUUUAGGGAAUCUCAAUCUGAAAGGGUGGUGUUUAUGCCCACACACCAUAAGGUGGUACCUGGCUGCAGGGGCGCAACUUAUAAUUCCUUUUUUUAUCUAGUCGGAUAAACACUCUAAACAGCCUACCCGGCCGCUCGGAGGCGUCUGCACACAGUUGCCUCGUUUUGUAUCACAUUCCAAUGAUCAAACUGGGGAGGACAAAAAUGCAAUUACAAAAUUUGAGGGGGAUGGGGGGGACAUGUCGUCCCCCCCGUCCCCAGUGGAAGUUGCACCCCUGCCUGGCUGGGACCAACACUAGUAUGGCCCCAUGGUUCUUCUGAGAGACAGAAUCCAGCUGGACUAAAGAGAAGGAGAAACCGAACGGAGACAGAGAAAGACAUCCUUAGGUAAUCACUUCCCUGUGUGCAAUAUGGAAUUGCACUGGUUAUAUCCAUUUGGUAGCAGGAUAAGAGUUUAAUAGACUAUAAUGCUGAUCAUGCAAUCUAAAAGAUAAAAAAUCUAUCUUGUAAUUACAAAUUGUUAUCGACUGUGGAAUUCCAUCAUCAAGAAUCAAAAAUCACAAAACUCACUAAUCGUGACUAUUGUUUUCUCAUGUAGGCCUAGUUGAAAUUAACUAUUUGUAGAGCUGCCAGACAAAAAUGCUUGAAUGUGCCAAAAAACAAACUCCUAGGCCUAAAAGUAAGAAAAUAGGUUGUUUGACAACGGGCGUGACCAUUGUGGUGGUAGGAUGCCUGCUGUUAGGUGGGGUCAAACGGUCACCCCCUGGUUGAAUCCAUUCUCUUUUGAAACAAUUCAUUGACAAUCCGAAAGUGGUCAUAUCGUCGAAGACACAUUUUUGAGUGUUUAUUUAUACAUUUCAGAAUAACUGGGCUAAACCAGUCACAAAGGCCUAAUAAUGCAAUUUAUGUAAUGUAAGCUUGUGUUCUAAAAUAGGGAUUCUCGUCAUCAUCCCGAAAACUCACUCAUGUCGCGCUGUCAAACUGCCCAUGGUUGUCACGAUGGAUGUUUUUGGCGAUCCUGAUUGGACGACACAACUAAAUCUUCUAAUUAAAUCUCUGAGCCUGGAUGCUGAUUUGUGCUGGAGAUUGCUCCUCACAGAAAGAAUCCUGGUGAGAUGAGUGGACAGGAUGGCAACUCUACCGGUGGACUGCAGCUGAAUACUCCUAAAAGGACACAUUAGGUGAGCGUCCCGUCUUUAUCAUCUCCCCUCCUUUGUUAUGUCUGUUUGUGUAUUAUAUGUAGGCUACUACAAUUAGGGUGAUGCUAUUUAAAACCCUCGGUCACUCACGGGUCACAGACCACCGUUCUUCGGUAAUAAACCGGUCCAUCUGGAGUUGCAGGCACUUAAUUGUUACAAUCAAGAUAAGGCAUCACUCUAAAGUGGUUUGAAACAAACGGUGCGCUGUUCGCCCAGUUGAAACUGUUGUACUUAUUGACUCUUCUUAACACCUCAGAGCAUCUGGUUGGGACAACCUUGCCAUUCUUGCUUGCGUAAUUGGUAAAUCUGUAGGAUGCUUUGGAUUCAUGGUUUGUUGAUACAUGUGUGAUCAAGGUUGCCAUGAUGAUCAAGCCCACAGGGCACAGACGUCAAUUCAACGACGCUGAUUCAACCAGAGUUUUUUUUUUAUUGUAUGGUGAGUUUAACAUUGCUGAGGUUCCUCCCAGUCUUGCAUGGCAUGUGUCACCAUUCAUAAUAUGUUGCACAGCAAGGCCCCUAACUUAAAAAUGUAGCAUAAUCCUUACUUCAAAUAAGAUUUUAUAAACUGGGUUGUUCAAGCCCUGAAUGUUGAUUGGCUGACAGCUGUGAUAUAUCAGACCUUAUACCAUGGGUAUGACAAAACAUUUAUUUUUACUGCUCUAAUUACGUUGGUAACCAGUCUAUAAUAGCAAUAAGGCACUUCUGAGGUUUGUGAUAUAUGGCCAAUAUACCACGUCUGAAGGCUGUGUCCAGGCACUCCACGUUGCGUCGUGCUAAGAACAGCUCUUAGCCAUGGAAUAUUGGCCAUAUACCACCACUGGCUGUUUCAGGGUCCAAUACAAUGAAUUGCCUCUAAGUAAUUUUCCAUGAAUUAAAUGAAAGACUCUGGGAUGAAGUAAAGAGUAGUUUGUUCCAUGAUAACUUGUAUGUGCUCUGAUGGCAUUACAUAAAGACGAAUGGGAUUUGGUUAGUAAUGUAAUCCGGACAGGUUUGACUCGACUGCCUCUGUCUCACACACCUUCUGGUCUGAAUUGUCUGGCUGUGUCUAAUGGAACGUGGAGGUUAUCGUCAGUGGCUGUGUCCCAGCAGGUGGUGUGAUGUGAGGGGAUGCCCCUGGUCAAGAGGAGCAUAGAUCCCCGGCACCUCUGCCGCGGGGCGCUGCCCAAGGGGAUUGGCAGUGAGCUGGAGUGCGUCACCAACAACAGUCUGUCUGCCAUAAUACGUCAGCUCAGCAGUCUAAGUAAACAUGCAGAGGAUGUCUUUGGAGAGUUGUUUAGUGAGGCUAACACCUUUUACCUGCGCGCAAACGGUCUCCAAGACCGCAUCGACCGCUUGGCUGUCAAGGUCACCCAGCUGGAUUCCACUGUGGAAGAAGUCUCUCUGCAGGACAUCAACAUGAGGAAGGCAUUUAAGAGUUCCACAGUCCAGGACCAGCAGGUGGUGUCCAAUAGCAGCACGUCCAACCCUGUGGCAGAGAUGUACAACACCAGCGACAAGCCUCCUCCUCUCAGCAUCCUCUCUGCCUACAGAGAUGACCACACUGAUGGGAUGAAGUUCUAUACAGACCCGUCCUACUUCUUUGACCUGUGGAGAGAGAAGAUGCUGCAGGACACGGAGGACAAGAGAAAGGAGAGAAGAAGACAACGGGAGCAGAAGCGAUGUGUUGACAGCACACUUCAGCGUGAGGUGAAGAAGGUUCGUAAAGCCCGAAACCGCCGUCACGAGUGGAACAUGAUGGCGUUCGACAAAGAGCUCCGCCCAGACCAUCGCCACCCUCACUCUCUCCACCGGGGGGCGUCAUCUGAGGGCUCCCUCUCCCCGGAGAGCAGAUAUGAUCUGCCAGACUACCCAACUGCUCCAGGCCUUCCCCAUGCUACAUCCAACCACACCCUGGCUCACCCCUACCAGCCUGCAGACAUCCAUGAGUCUGUAGAGCAUGAGUACCACAGCAUCGGAGUCGGCUACAGAGAAGGGACUCUUAACCGCACACACUACCCCAACCCUCUGCAUCACCCCACUGAGAGAAUGAAUGGUACGAUAACGCUUCCACCUGCAGACUACAGUAUAAUGGAGUACUAUGCCAGUUCUGGACCACCACCUCCUCCCCCAGCCCCUCUUAUCCCAUCUGCACAGACAGCCUUUGGCUCUCCCAUGGUGUCCCCCAACCCCCUUACUGGAUCCUCAGGCUGUUGUCCCCCAAUGCUAUCUCCCCCAGGACCCCAUAUGAUUCCACCUCCCCCAGGUCCUCCACCACCACCAGUCCCUCCCGCUCCCCCCCAAGUGGCAGGACUCGGUGAUUGGAAGAGACAGGACACCCAGCCUGUCACUGGUACACGAAGUGACCUUCUGUCAGCAAUUCGCAUGGGUAUCCAGCUGAAGAAGGGUCAGGAGCAGCAGGAGCAGCAGGCCAAGCGGGAGCCUGUGGGGAACGACGUGGCCACCAUCCUGUCCCGACGCAUCGCAGUGGACUACAGCGACUCAGAGGACGACUCCGAACUGGAGGACAACGACUGGUCAGACUGACCCUGACACCGCCCCCACACGGUGACCAAACACCAUGGACACAUCUCUCCUCCAGCCCAACUAUCCCACAACGGAUAUGAUGUGGUACAGCUGUACAGAUGAAUGAGUCUCAUAUGCGGUCAGGGACACUUUUUACAGACCGAUGACCAUAUUAUGGUUCAUAGUGAUUAGUGGGCAUUGGCUGAGGACAGUUUCAUUUUAGUUUUAGCCAUUUUGUCCAGUAGGUGAAUUAACUUAAUUUUAAGGCAAAUUAGUUUCCUGAUGAACUGAGAUUCAGCUGAAAUCACUCAAAGGUAUGUGGACCAAAUAACCAAGUGGUGAAUUUUCCUACUGUACCUACAGAGCUGUAUGAGCUCUUUUACUCAGACACCAACAUGAUCAUUUCAUCUAAAUGAAUCACCAACACUGUACUCUCAA